UAUUUCUUCAAAUUGAAUCAAGAACCUCAACUCCGAUCAAAGGAAAAGCCAAGACGCAGAGCCGGAUUGGUCUUUUGUUAUUCAGAUAAGUUAGGCCGUAUGGGUGACGCUGUGUCUGUGUAGUGUGUAGUUUGGUGCUAGGGGACCUAGGAUAUUAUACUUCUAGUCUAUAGGAUGAGCCGUGUUGUGAGCCGCACCAGCUCCUCGCGCCUUGAGCCACUGGCAGCCGGCUCUCUCAACCUAGACGGUCAGUUUUACUUUGAUAACAAGACGUCGUUUGAUGCUGAGGAUGGCCUGCUACAGACACGGAGCCAGACAUUCAAGGCUCAGGCGGAGAAAGUGGAACCGGAUAUCUGGAAGCGACCGCCGCCAGACUUUCGUUACCUGGUCUAUGAUCCACAGCCACCCAAGCGUAACACGGUGGAUGCCAUGAGACCGUGGAUCUACGGCACCAUACCUGGACAAAGGGAGGUCAUCAAACGAGACAGGGGAGAUAAACGACUGCCGAGGAUACUGGAACAUCAAGAGAAAGAACCGCAAAUAGUUACAAGAUUUCGGAUUGAUCGCCCUUUUACAGCCAAGAAAAAGUUUGUUCAGCAGGGGAUGUACAAGCCAGGGACAUACGAGUGUCCUAAACCUCACGAUUUUAGACAGUACCCACCCAUCAAGUCUCUAGGUCUGGACGAGUUUGUGACCGACUACGAAAGAGAUCCUUACGGUCUGAACUUUAAAUCACAGCGCUUGAAUCACAUACAUGGGUUACCCCGAGAACCGCCAGAGCGUGACCUUGCAGAAGGCAGGCAGAUGGCGCCACCACAGUCAGCCAAGAAAAAAUGGGAUGCUCGUCUGAUACUGGACAGAGACAACUGGCCACAGAAGAGCGCGGCAUUCUCGCGUCAUCGCCGACGUCACAGACAAGCCUACAGCGCGUUCAUGGAGAGGGUGGAGGAGACGUUGAACAAAAAAUGGUUCUUCGAGCAGACGGACAAAAGUGUGGGGUGUGUGUAAAACACACAGACGUGAGGGGUGUGUGUACACGUACAGAAGUGAGGAGUGUGUGUAACACAGACUGAGGUGUGGGGGUGUAAAACAAACAAACGUGAGGGUGUGUGUACACGUACAAGAGUGAGGGGUGUGUAACAGCACGGGCAGAAUUGUGGGGUGUGUGUACACGUACGGGAGUGUGUGUGUUGCCCAAGUCUGGUGCUAUGUUUUAGGACCUAGGUGUACUGUACCACGUGUGAUACGGGAGCCUCGCUUUGGCCAACGGCUAUUUAUAUCAAAGGACAGGGAGCCUGACCCCAUACCAUGGGAUAAACUAAAUUGCUGAUUUUGACUGGGGAAAACACAUUCAACAAUUUAAAUAACUUGCAUACUGUAUUUGAUCUUAUAAAAGUACGU